AUGCCUCCCAAAAAGUCAUCCGGGAAAUCAAAGCAGCCGCCCAAGAUAGAUCCAAACUCAUCCUUCACGCCCGAGGCCUUCGAAAAGGAGCUCAAGAACCUGGCUGCAAAGGCAAAGGACGAGACAUGGGCCAGGUGGCUCCUCGAGCAAGCCUCUGUCUACCUGAGGUCCUCCAUACUCCUUGGCCUAGUGGCCGUCUACGCCAACGUCUCCGAGCUGGCCUUGUCGCCCGUCUACGGCUCCAUCCCUGUGUCGAUAUGGCAUGACCGGCUCGUCAUGGCAGCUUGCUUCGUUGGUUGGGCCUGCAACCUGCACCUUGGCCGCAUCCUCCCUAUCAGGAUGGCCUACCUGCUGCCCAUAAUCGCCUUGUACAUCCCCGUAGCCCAAUUCUUCCUCUUCAAGUUCAGCGGCACACUCACUGCCUACCAUGGCCCCUUGAUCACAGAGGCCCUCACCCUGGCCCCGCUCAUCGUCUUGUCCGUGGCUUGCACCGCCACCUAUCUUGAUGGCGCCGACCUGUCCGUCUUGCCCGGCUUCAUACGCGAUGCGACGCCAGGCAUCGCAUCCUACCUCUACUACAGGCUCGUCGAGAGCUUGUCUGCCGGGCUUCUAGCACAGUACAUCGGCAAGACCGUCCUCCAGACCCGCGUUAUCUUGCAGGCCGUCCUUGGCGCAUCGUACGCCCUCUUUGCACCCUCCAAGUUCCUCGUACUCACCCUGCCUGCCUUGCUGCAUACCGCCUUCUUCAACACCCAUGUCAUGACGCCAAUGGCAAUGCGGUCUUUGAACAGCACCCUGCAGGCUAAUGACUGGAUACUUCACGACCGGAAGGAGUCGCUGACCGGCUACAUAUCGGUGGCCGACAACCUGAAGACGGGAUACCGGGUUAUGAGAUGCGAUCAUAGCCUUCUUGGUGGGGAGUGGAUCCGGUACAAGGGCCUGAGAGUCGCAGAGCCCAUCUAUGGUGUCUUCACCAUGCUCGAAGGAGUGAGACUCGUCGAGGUUUCAGACCCGGUUCCUGACAGUGAAGCUAAAGCCCUCGUAAUCGGGCUCGGCAUCGGUACCACGCCGGCAGCCCUUGUGGCCCAUGGGGUUGACACGACUGUCGUUGAAAUUGACCCUGUCGUUCACGAGUUCGCCUCAAAAUACUUCCAGCUUCCAUCCAACCAUACUCCAGUCAUCGAAGAUGCAGUCACUUACACAGGAGACCUAGUCAACAAGACGACAGACCAGUUUGAUUAUAUAGUCCACGAUGUGUUUACUGGCGGGGCUGAGCCUAUAGCUCUGUUUACGCUGGAGUUCCUACAGAAUCUUUAUGCACUUUUGAAGCCUAACGGCGUGGUUGCUAUAAACUACGCCGGCGAUUUCGCCCUUCCACCGCCCAAGAUCAUUGUCCAUACCAUCAGACAGGUCUUCCCUUCCUGUCGAGUCUUUCGUGAGAAUCCUCGGGACGAGGAUGUCAUCGAAAAGGAGAAGCGUGACUUUACAAACAUGGUAAUCUUUUGCGUCAAGACCGACCGCCCCGUCACAUUCCGCAAAGCCACUACCGCCGAUCUGCUUCAGAGCCGCACCCGGGAACACUUUCUUGUACCCAAGCACGAGGUCACUGAGAAAGACUUUAUGGCUGUAGAGGAGGCUACUGUCUUGAGGAAGAAUGAUACUGCAGCGCUAGAAAAGUGGCAUCAGAAGAGUGCGCUGGGACACUGGGAGGUCAUGAGAAUUGUACUGCCAGAUGUUAUAUGGGAGCAGUGGUAG